GUUUUGUCUUGUUGAAUCACAGGCUGAAGAAGAAACGACAGCUCAAGCAAAGCCAAUCAGAAAAGGCGGACGCUGAGCAGAACCAAUCAGAUUUGGACUCCAAGACGCUGGUCAUCCAAGAGCCUGCUCCUAUUGGUCGAUCACAGAAGAGGAAUGUGGAAAAAAGGGAAAAUGAUGACGGGUCAGGUGAAUAUUCAGACAACAGCAGUAAAUCUGGCACGCAGACCAAGAAGGAGAAAACCCGGCCUCCAGGAACAGUUGAAUACAUGGUUGAACCGAAAGACACACUGAACAGCAUUGCCCUGCAUUUCAACAUCACCCCAAAUAAACUGGUGCAUCUGAACCGCCUUUACUCUCACAGCGUCGUACCUGGACAGAAACUGUUUGUUCCUGACGAGGACGAAGCCAAAUGUGUUUCUCAGGUCAGUGAUUGCUCUAAACACCUCGCAGCGUCAGAGUCCACAGAAAUCAAGGAUGGUGAGUACAGCAGCCGGCCGGGACGUCCUGUGUGCAGAGAGACGUCACCGCUGUCUGAAGACGAGAGUCCGGCCACCGUCAAAUUCAUCAAGAUGAGCUGCAAAUACUUCACUGACGGCAUGGUGAGAACUAGACGCCAUCACAGGUCCUCAUGGAUCCCAAAACCCAUGGGCCGACCCAAGAUCCGAGCCGGUUCAAGGCCAAAGCUUCGAAUUGUGCCUCGGAUACGGGUCGGCUUUGGUAUGAAUUGCCUCAGGUCUCAGGUAAUCUAAAAUAAAUGUGCGUUUAUAAUGGGGCCAAUCAGACUUGAUGUUAUUACUAAAGGAACAGUAGGGCAGAGCGAUAUGAUAAAUAUCUCAAUAUAUGUCAUCUCAUAUCCUGUUAACGAUAUACAGACUUAUGCAAAAGUUUGGGCACCGCUGUGGCUGCAUAAUUAUGCAACCUUUCUUUAUAAGAGAAAAUCACAGUGAAAUGCCAUCCAGUUUCUAGAGAAAGCUAGAUAAUGUCAUGUUUUUCAGACAGAAAUUCGUAGUGCAGCAGUACUGAGAUGUGUGAAAUUUAAGUAAAAUUGGAAAAUAGGCUGUGCAAAAAU